UGAAAAAUUGUACGUUGCCCAUUUCCUCUGCACUGCCUCGCCACCCACUCACGCCACCAUAGGCGGCCACUUCUCCAUCACGAUCCGUAACUACCGCCAACCACCUCGAUCGCCCAGCGAAACUAGAAAUUCUUGUUUGUCUUUAAAUUUAAAAUAUAAAGUUGACUCGUGGCUGCUCAAGGAAUUAGAAAUGGUGCUGGUACUGGCAUUAGGUGAUUUGCACAUACCACAUAGGGCGGCGGAUCUGCCACCAAAGUUCAAGUCCAUGCUUGUCCCAGGCAAGAUCCAGCACGUAAUCUGCACUGGAAACCUAUGUGUCAAAGAGGUGCAUGACUACUUGAAGACUGUUUGUUCAGACUUGCAUAUUGCUCUAGGUGAAUAUGAUGAAGAGACACGUUACCCGGAAACAAAAACACUUACUAUUGGUCAGUUUAAGCUUGGAGUGGGUCAUGGUCAUCAGGUUAUUCCAUGGGGGGACUUGGAUUCACUGGCCAUGCUCCAGAGGCAGCUAGAUGUGGACAUUCUUGUCACUGGCCAUACCCAUCAGUUUACAGCAUACAAACACGAGGCUGGAGUCGUCAUAAAUCCAGGGUCGGCAACAGGGUCCUACAGUAGUAUCAAUUAUGAUGUCAAUCCGAGCUUUGUUCUCAUGGACAUUGAUGGGCUGCGGGUUGUGGUAUACGUAUAUGAACUCAUUGAUGGAGAGGUCAAGGUUGACAAAAUUGAUUUUAAGAAGACGACGGCAUCAAGCACUUGACCUACUGAUGUGAAAGGUGCUCGUGAAUGCAUUCAUCAGAGAGUAUCAGCAGUGGAUGAAUAUGCAUAUGCAUUCAGAUCCUGGUUUCACAUAUUUUUAUUUUUUCGAUUUUCAUUUCCUUUCUUGGUGGCGCUUAUACGACUGUUUGCCUAAGGCCAUUUUCUCAUGGAUUUGGUUUAAUUGGUAGGGAUCUUAGAUUUGGUUGUCUUUCUUCCCCCCCCCCCACAAAAGACUUUUCUUUGGUUGCUUUAUAAUUCCGUGCACAACUUAUCAAUUAGUUGACUUCUAAUUUGAAAUUUAUAAUGAACAUUUAUGA